UUUCUCUGGUGAACAGGUGUGCAGACUGUGACAUAUGUCCGUCCAAGAAAUAAAUAAACAUGCAGUUCUCCCUCCUAUCAUUAGUAGAAGUGACAAGGAAUUUUUGGAAAGAAUGCAAAGAUACAUAAUUACAGAAACUGAAAGAGUGGGCUGUAAUGAGGAAGGACCUGCUGAUGAAUAUUACAUCAUAUACCGAAACGUUUUUGAUAAGAAAAAUCAUAUUUUAAUAGAGUAUGUCACUGCAUACAAAUCCAUUCUUACUUCAAUCAAAAAAGAAUACGAUGGCUUUAUUGAGACAAUAAAGAAAAGCCAAAGAACUGCAUUUUAUCUUCAUGGAAAACUUAAAGUUUUGGCAGGAGAGCCCACAACAUUGGUAUAUCACAGGAAAAGAAUAACUCAACUUAAAGCAAAGAUGAGCCUUAUUGAAAAUAAUUCCUCAAAGAUUCAAUUGCAGAUAGAUGAAAUGAAACAACUUAGGGCAGAGUAUGACACAAAAGAACAAUAUUGUAUUUUCUGCAAAGAUCCUUCAAAACCUAUUCCAGGCAUGACUCUCCAAGAAUCUGUCAGUUUAGAUGCUCUCACUAAAUACUUGAAACAUCUUGAAGAUAAGUAUGCAGAAAUUGAGCAACUUAUGUCAGAAAAAUAUUUACCAGCUCAGAGGAAGGCAGAUUUAGAUGAGGAAAUGAUUGUGGUAUUAGAACGGCGAGAUUUAGCUGAAAAUCUGAACAAUGAAUUACAGUUUCGUCAUCAAAGACUGCAGAUUAUUUCACAGGCACUUACUUUGUGGGUAAAAUCUGAUAUGAGCAGAUCAUUUCAAGACUUCAUGGAGCACAUUCAGAAAAAUAAAGAUUUACACGGUGAACAAGGCAUUGUUGAGGAAGUACUUGAAGAUGACCCAGGCAAGGCAAAAGAAGCUGAAAUUUUGCUAAACUACGUUGAAAGGUUCAAUGAAUUAAUCUCACUUGGGGAAUAUGAAAAAGCAGUUUAUUUUGCAGCAAACAGUCCUGGAAGAAUUCUUCAAAACAUUGAGACAGUGAAUAAAUUUAAGGCUGUUGGAAAAAUUAGAGGAAAGCCUUUUCCAUUACUCUUAUUUUUUGAGGCUAUCUUUAGCAUAAGUCAUGCUUUUAAACAUCCUGUUGAUGCAGAACUAACCCUGGAAGGAAUCAAAUGUGGAUUAUCUGAAAAACGUUUAGAUUUAGUUAUCAGUUGGGUCACCCAGGAAAGGCUGACAUUUUCUGAGGAGGCUGGGGAUGUGAUUUUUGAUUAUGGGGAGCAGGAUACUUAUAACAAGGCCAAGUGUCUGGCUUUAGCUCAGAUUAUCUAUAGUGAAUGUGGCCUGCACAAGAAAGCUCUUCUUUGCCUGUGUAAACAGGGUCAAAUUCAAGGGGCCAUGGAAUACAUACAACAAUUCAAGGACUUUACUUCUGAUGACCUGAUGCAGCUAAUAAAGUUAUGUCCCCACACUGAAUUAAUUCAGUGUCUCACUAAAGAAUGGAAUGGGAAACCACCAUAUUUAUCUUUUGGUUUUGCUGUACUUCACCUGUUCUCUGUAGAUAUGAAAAAAGUUGGCAUUAAGCUACUUCAAGAAAUAAAUAAAGGUGGGAAAGAUGCAGUUGAACAUCUUAUGAUAAAUGAUCCAUUUUGCUCCCUAGAAAAGUGGCAAGAAUUAGCAAAUAUAUGUUUACAGAAUGGCUUUGACAAAUUAUCUAAUGACAUCAUGUCUGUUCUUCGAUCUCAAGCUGGGGUUACUGAAAUUUCUGAAGAGGAUGAUACAGGCAACUUGAUGCAGCAUGUUUUUUGGUAGUUCUACAUCUUAACCAGUUGAGGGAGCC